CAAGUAUGUCUCAGUCUCCAACCCCCAUGUACAGACCAGUGGUACUUCGUUUCAUCAACAUUUGCAAGACCACCCGAUGGGAAAUAGCACUUCUUCUCUACGUAGCCAUCUACACCAUCCUGUUCUUUCGGUAUUGUCGACCACUCUACAUCACCAACUGGCCAGAAGGCCUAUUUGAUGUCUACCUGGAGUUCUUGCACCUCAUGUGCAGUCUAUACGGUGCAAUCUGUAGGGGCGAUGAGGAAGCAUUAGUUAUGCUCAUCAUGAAGACGCUCAACCUCUAUCUCAUCGUCCUUCGUUACUUCAGACUUUGCACUGAGCCACACUACGCCCAGUUUCCGGAAAUCCUUUUUGUCCCCCCAAUGGCCUCGUUUGCUACCGCGGUAUUGCCGUACAUCUUCCUACCGUUCAAUCGCUACAACAGGCAGCUGGAGGGCGCCACCAAUCGAGAUGAAGAGGAGCAUCUCGAUAAACUCUCAUGAUAGCUAUGGCAGUCCUUCCUUCAUGCUAGGACGGUGCGAGGGAAGAAGUUGGGUAGUGGACGAGUUGUUGUCGAAAGUUGACCAUGAUGAAUUCAAUGUGCCUUCUUGUUUCGUCCCUAGCACGGCCGCACAAUACGCUCGAUUAUCUUAGAUUCAUUUUCCGCCGUCGAUGAGGCCAAGAAUCAUUAACAUUGUAGCCCGAUUUGCU